GUUCCAUUGCGGGAUUUUUGCUCCGCCAUAUUAAGAGUGCCAGAACGCGCUGGUCUGGAAUAGUAGCACCACAACACAAAAUUGUGUUUCUGGUGUAAAGUGAUACUAGCCUCUCUUCUUCCCAACAGUGGAGGAUGACUCAGACAGUACAGACCAAUGGGGUCCAGCCCCUCAGCAAGACCUGGGAGCUCAGUCUGUAUGAGCUGCAGAGAACCCCACAGGAGGCCAUCACAGAUGGACUGGAGAUCGCCGUGUCCCCACGCAGCCUUCACAGCGAGCUGAUGUGCCCCAUCUGCCUGGACAUGCUGAAGAACACCAUGACGACCAAGGAGUGCCUACACCGCUUCUGUGCGGACUGCAUCAUCACCGCACUUCGCUCUGGGAACAAGGAGUGCCCCACUUGCCGGAAGAAACUCGUAUCCAAGCGCUCCCUGCGGCCGGACCCCAACUUCGACGCGCUGAUCAGCAAGAUCUACCCCAGCAGAGACGAGUACGAGGCGCAUCAGGAGCGUGUGCUCGCCCGCAUCAGCAAGCACAACAACCAGCAGGCGCUCAGCCACAGCAUCGAGGAGGGACUCAAGAUCCAGGCCAUGAACAGGCUCCAGCGGGGGAAGAAACACCAGGUGGAGAACGGCAGCGGGGCGGAAGACAACGGCGACAGCUCUCACUGCAGCAACGCCUCGGUCCACAGCAACCAGGAAGCCGGGCCCAGCAUCAAGCGCACCAAGACGUCAGACGACUCCGGGCUGGACAUGGACAAUGCCACAGAGAACGGUGCUGGCGGAGAGAUGGCGCUGGACGGGGCCAGCGAGAUCGAGCUGGUGUUCCGCCCACACCCAACGCUCAUGGAGAAGGAGGACGCAGCGCAGACCAGUGUGGAAUUCAUCCCCAGGUAUAUCAAGACCUCAGGAAACGCCACGGUGGACCAUCUGUCCAAGUACCUGGCCGUGCGCCUGGCCCUGGAGGACCUGCGUAAGAACGGCGAGGCCAGUCCUAUCAACGUGGAAGCCGCCAGCGAGAAACAGUACACUAUCUACAUCCCCACAGCCAACAGCCAGUUCACAGUCCUGAAUGGCUCCUUCUCUCUGGAGCUGGUGAGCGAGAAAUACUGGAAGGUGAACAAACCCAUGGAGCUCUACUUCGCUCCAACAAAGGAGCACAAAUAAGUCGAGACCAGACGGGUCCGGAAAAGACUGAUGUUUUCUCCCCAUUACCUCCCACAUAUUCUCUCUUUCCUUCCCCCUCUUUCUCUCUCUCUCUCCAUCCAUCCAUCCAUCCCUCUCUCACUGUCACCUCCCCCCCCCACCACCCAGUGGGUCUCGUUGCCCCUCAGUAACUGUGCUGCUUUUGUUUUUUAUUGUCUUUUUGUAUGGGGGUGGGCGGGACUUAGGAGAUGUUUUCUGUUUGAUGUUUUGUCUGUUCCCCGCCCGUCACGUGCGUCUGUGGAGACCGCUUCAGGAGAGAAGCAAAUGUGCCCUGUAGAGACGUCUCAUCUUGUAAAAUAUCACCUGCAAGGCCCACAGUAGAGAACUGUUCAAAGAACUCCGCCAGUGGUCGACACACACAACAACACUUUAAUUGUUCUGUUUAUUUUUGUUUUCCUGUUGGAUUUUGGGACUUGUAGUUUCCAUCUGUGGCAACUGUCUUUUACGUCAGUAAAGAUAAAUAUAAUUCACUUUAACCUGAGGGUUAAUGUGCUUUAUCUGACCACUGGUCCUGUCCACUGCACAUGAGGCUGGAGUGGUCUAGGGGCCUAGUUUAGUUUAAAGUUUGGCCCCUAGGCCGUAAACUCCACCCCAGAGGUUGUGCUAUCAGGAAGGUUACUGUGACUGAGGACUCUGGGAAAACUCCAGAAACAACUCAACAGAUGUACAAUUGCUCUAAAAAAAUAUUGGCUUCACAUAUGCUCAAAACAAAAGACUCAUCUUUUAUUAUUUUUAAAUAGAAUACGUAGCCGUUGUUUCUGUCAGAGGAGGGACCUGUUUUUUAUAUAUCUUGAUGUUUCGUAAAAACGCCAUUGCAGACAUGAGUUCUUUUAGAGCAUGAAAUAUUUUAGUUUGACAUUCUUUGCAUAAAUAUGAGUUGUUGUUUGGGAAAAUGUAUACUGCAUUAUCUGUUUGGAAAAUAAUAAUAAAAAAAAAAGUGUGA